AUUUCCUUUUUCUGACAAUAGGAAUGCUCGUUUGUGAACCCGCCACUGCCCGCUUUGUUGAUGCUACUGAAUGUAAUGGUGAUUAGAGAACACCGCCCAUUUGGUAGAUAAUGAGGUAUAAACCGAAUGUAUUGUUGUCACUCCAAAUUGCGCUAUGAUCUCUUAACAUACACCGUUUUGUUUUAUUUUUGUUUUUCUGAAAAUGGAAUUUUAUUUCGCGUAACGGCUCCUAAAUGAUAUUGCUCAUGCAUUGCUCUACCAGAAAUUACUCGCAGGCUUCAUUAAACCAGAGGGAGAGGUCCACAUUUGGGGUUUUACACAGUAGCCUAUGUAUGCUAUAAAAAGCUGCAGGCAUGAAGAUCACAGACAGCGUGUUACGGAGUUUCAGGGUUGCUAGAACAUAUCGAGAAAAUUCCCAGAAAGUCAACUGUGUGGACUUCAGCCCAAGUGGUGAAAAUGCAAUAUCAAGCAGCGACGACGACUGCAUUGUGUUAUAUGACAUCCGGGAGGGAAAACCUAAAAGCACCCUGUUCAGUAAGAAGUAUGGAGUAGACCUCAUCCGCUACACACACGGCGAUGCGCAGACAGUGGUCUACAGCUCCAACAAACUAGAUGAUACCAUCCGAUAUCUGUCACUAACUGACAACCAGUACAUCAGGUAUUUCCCAGGUCACACUGCAAGAGUUAUUGCGCUCUCCAUGUCACCAGUCGAUGAUACAUUUAUCUCGGGCUCGUUGGACAAAACAAUCCGGAUCUGGGAUCUGCGUGCUCCAAACUGUCAAGGUUUGACUAACCCGCUGGGGAAACCUGUAUGUUCCUUUGACCCUGAUGGGUUGAUAUUUGCUGCAGGGGUGGAAUCACAGGCCAUUAAACUAUACGACCUCCGUGCUUUUGACAAGGGUCCCUUUGCCUCAUUUGAGACGAGGUUUAAUCGCUUCUGUGACUGGACUGGACUUAAAUUCAGUAACGAUGGAAAACAGAUUCUCAUCUCCACCAAUGGAGGGAUGAUUCGUGUCCUGAAUGCUUUCAAUGGAUCUGUUCUGCACACUUUUUCUGGCUACAACAACAGUAAAGGCAUCUCCCUGGAGGCCUGCUUCACUCCUGACUCUCAGUUUGUCAUGAUUGGCUCAGAGGACGGCAGAGUCCAUGUUUGGAGCACUGAGAGUGGGAUGAAGGUGGCUGUGCUGGAUGGGAAACAUCCAGGACCCAUCAACACUCUGCAGUUUAACCCCCGAUACAUGACAUUUGCCAGUGCCUGCACUAACAUGUUGGUGUUAGAUUCAUACAGAGAGCCAGCACACAGCUGGGACAAGGAGUACGAUCAGUUCCUGCUUCCUCUGCUUACGCCUCAGGAACCCUGCUACAUCCUCUACCGUCUGGACUCCCUGAAUGCACAGGGAUAUGAGUGGAUCUUCAUCGCCUGGUCACCUGACCAAUCACCAGUGAGGCAGAAGAUGGUGUAUGCAGCGACCCGUGCCACACUGAAGAAAGAGUUUGGAGGAGGUCACAUUAAAGAUGAAAUGUUUGGCACGGUCGAGGAUGACCUGUGCUUCCAGGGAUACCUGCGACACAUGUCCUCCUGCUGCUCCCCGGCUCCGCUAACAGCAGCUGAGCAGGAAUUACAACGAAUUAAAGUCACAGAGGAUAAAGUUGUGUGGGAUGAACGUAGACGAAUUGGAACUCCAACAGCACGAGCGAGGGUUACAAUGGAGUUUGGCUUGGACAAAAGGGCACAGACUCUUCAAGGUCUUGCAUUCCCAUUACAAGAAGAGGCCAGACGAGCUCUGCAGCAACUCAAGCAGAGACGCAUCAACUACAUACAGCUGAGGCUGGAUGUGGAGAAAGAGACCAUUGAGCUGGUUCACACCAAACCAACGGAGACCCACGAGCUUCCCUACAGGAUUCCCACAGAUUCACCUAGAUACCACUUCUUCAUCUUCAAACAUUCCCACCAGGGCCAGCGGCAGGAGGCGCUGGUGUUCAUAUAUUCGAUGCCUGGGUAUACCUGUAGCAUCAAGGAACGGAUGUUGUAUUCCAGCUGUAAGAACAGGCUACUGGACGAUGUGGAGAGAGACUACCAGCUAGAGGUCACCAAAAAGAUGGAGAUAGACAAUGGCGAUGGCCUGACAGAAGACUUUCUGUACGAGGAGGUCCACCCAAUUGAACAUACCUUAAAGCAGGCCUUUGCCAAGCCCCGCGGACCAGGAGGGAUGAGGGGUAACAAACGCCUUAUCAAGGAUGCAGGGGAGAACGGGGAAGAAAGUUAGACGUUAUACACAUACACACACACAUACACACACACACACACAUACAAUACAUUAUACACAAGUACACAAGCACACCAACACAAUAUUUAUAUUUUGACUUGUUAUUUGACUGUUUAGCUUCUACCCAUUUCUUCUUUUUACUUGCGAAAACACAUUUUACACUGAAAAUAGGGAAAAAAUAGAUCCACCAUAAAGCAGAAUUUAUAUAUAUUUUCCUAUGGUAAAAGAAAGCUCCUAAAUGUAAACAUUUGUAUGAAAGUGAUAGCUAAGCUGUUAGUGAUAGCUGUGAGUCUAACCAGGAUAAUUAGCUGAUAUGUGGACACAUCUUUUGGUUUAUUAAGAUUAAAUGUAUUUGAAUUGUACAUGAUAAGUCAUAAUAAAGUGGCAGUAUUGUUGUGAGAUAGUAAUAAUAAUGUAAUUAUAAUGUGGGGGGGAAAUCUACAAAGUCUUAAAUUUCUUCUUCUUACAUCCUACUUAUCCACCAGUGUGUCAUUCAUUGCAAACUAUAGUGCAGCCAAACUUUUUUCAAACCCACAAAACUUUAUUUUCACUUGUAGUGGAGAUCCAAAACGUUCCGGAGAUACCAAAUAUGUCAGGCUAAAUUUAGGGGAAAUGUGUAUAAAAUGAUGCACAAAACACUUAGAAUAUGUCACUAUGUGAAUGUAAAUAUAGUUUCAAUAAAGACUUUAAACAACAGAUUGAUACACUUCUCAUGUUUCUACGUUAAACACAAAGCUAUAGUCAAGUAGCUUAUUUUACCAUAAAGACUGGAAACAAGGGGAAAUGGCUAUCCUGGCUCUGUCCAGUAAUAACAAAAUUUGCCUACCAGCACCUCUCAAGCUUACUAAUUACCACAUUAUAUCUUGUUUGUUUAAUCUGUACAAAAACCCAAGUG